AUGCUUAUCUAUGCAGAAGGCUUGUGUUUUUAUUCAUUAUCAAAUGAGAGUAUGAGGCUUAUUAUAACAACAGUUGUCGGAAUUGUGAUUGGGUACUGGAUUGGCACUUCCUUUCCUCCAGUUAUCAAACACAAGCAUUUUUUCACUUCCGGCACCAUAUCAUAUGGUGGAGAUCGGAACUCGUGGAAUUCAGCAAAUAAUCAAAAUAAAGAUAAUUCUAGUUCAAAUUCGACCGCUGAUAUUUAUAAGAUUUAUGUUCCUACAAAUCCUCGAGGCGCAGAAAGCCUACCGAAAGGUAUCGUUGCAUCAGAAUCAGAUUUUUAUCUGCGCAGAUUGUGGGGCAACCCAGAUGAGGACCUUGUUAUCCGACAGAAGUAUCUUGUAACAUUCACAGUCGGAUAUGAGCAGAAAGAUAAUAUUGAUGCAGCCAUCAAAAAAUUCUCGGAAAAUUUCACUAUCUUAUUGUUCCAUUACGAUGGCCGGACUAGUGAAUGGGAUGAAUUUGAAUGGUCAAAGCGGGCUAUACAUGUGAGUGCAAGGAAGCAAGCCAAAUGGUGGUAUGCUAAACGGUUUUUGCACCCCGACAUUGUGGCCCCAUAUGAAUAUAUAUUCAUCUGGGAUGAAGACCUAGGACUUGAGCAUUUUGAUGCGGAAGAGUAUAUUAAACUGGUAAAGAAACAUGGGCUGGAAAUCUCGCAGCCUGGUUUGGAGCCAGACAGAGGAUUGACAUGGAAAAUGACCAAAAAGAGAGAUGAUCAUGAAGUCCACAAGGAAACUGAGGAGCAACCAGGCUGGUGCACUGACCCCCAUUUGCCACCUUGUGCUGCAUUUGUUGAAAUAAUGGCAACUGUGUUCUCUCGGGAUGCAUGGCGCUGUGUAUGGCAUAUGAUUCAGAAUGACUUAAUUCAUGGCUGGGGUCUUGAUUUUGCGCUUAGAAAAUGUGUGGAGCCGGCUCAUGAGAAAAUUGGAGUUGUAGAUGCUCAGUGGAUUGCUCAUGAAGUGAUUCCUUCGCUCGGGAACCAGGGGCAAGCAGAGAAGUACAAAGCGCCAUGGGAAGGGGUGAGAGAGCGGUGUAAGAAGGAAUGGAGAAUGUUUCAAAAGCGAUUGGCAGAUGCUGAUUAUGCAUAUUACAUGGAAAAGGGAAUCCUUCCCCCCAACACAUCAAUUCCUUAUUUUUGAUUAUUAGUGCAAAAGCCUAGACACACAUUUUUGAAGUUAAUUUGGCUUUGACCUCCGAGGAGCAAAUCAGGUAGUAUGAGAUGCAGUGUAUGUAGCUACGGAUAGAUGUAUUAUUUUGUAGUUGUUCUUAUUAUUAUCAUUCUUUCUCAA